AUGAGGAUAGACGUCGCCAGCCUCACACAUGCCCUUAUUCGAGGCGAGAAGUAUUUUACAGACGAGUUGGUCGUGCGCAAACACCUCGAAGCCCGCGUCCAAGUCGACCCUUCACUCGGUUACACACAAGCCGUGCCGGGAUAUUUUCAGACCUUCUUCGAAGCACUAAAUCUUCGGGGACUGAGCGGGGACAAAAGAUCAGCUCUUUACCUUCGGUCACCAGACGCAAAAAUCUCCACGACAAAUAGCAACGAGCAAGUCAUUCCCAUGCACACAGUUUUCAAGCUUCUAUCUCAAGCAUCACUCCUAUAUCUACCCAACGUCGCAAAGCUCAUCGUGGUAAGCCUCCUUCCCUACCACCUUUUCUCCCUUAACAUGAGACGACACAUCCGCUUCGCAGGCUCCACGAUCCCGACCUCUCCCCUGUUUGGCACCGUCGCGUACAUCCUGAACCAUCCCGUCAACGUGACCUAUGAAACGCUCGCGUCGUCGUUCGAGUACGAGAAGAAGCAAAAAGAAGCCGGUAACGAGUUUCCCGAGGCAGCUGGGAAGUUCUUUGCCAGAGAGCAGUAG